GGAGCAGGAGCACAAACAGGAGCAGGAGCACAAACAGGAGCAGGAGCACAAACAGGAGCAGGAGCACAAACAGGAGCAGGAGCACAAACAGGAGCAGGAGCACAAACAGGAGCAGGAGCACAAACAGGAGCAGGAACACAGGUACAGGAGCAGGAGCACAGGUACAGGAGCAGUGAUUACAGAGGAGCUGGUGCACAAAACUCUGAGGUCAAAUGGUUCAAAGACCUUUAAUCAGUUUGGACCCGUGGAUGCUGCUGGUGUGUGUGUUAGCUCUGUGUGAUAAAACAGACGCUUUCUUUGAAUGGAUGAAGGCGGCACCAUCUCCGGUCUCUGUGCCUCCAGCUUUGCCUUCUCCUCCAGCUACUGUGCCGAGUGAUGCUCCACCGUUUGAGAUGAGUGUUGCUGAUGAGAAACUACUGGCUGAGGCUAAGCUGAUUGAUAUGAGUCCUCUUGACAGCUGCCAUUUUAGGGUUGUUUCUCAGCUGAAAGCUACCUGCAACAACCUUUCAGAAGAACAGCUGGCAAAACUGGGAGUGGCUUUGUUCAACUGCCAAUCAGAAGUAGAGGGACGUCCGACUUUCCUGUGCACCGAGGAGAUGUCCAUUAAGGAGUGCACUGCUGACAUGGAUUCAGAUACAUGGAACGCGUACCACAUCGUCAGCAACCGCGCUCGCUCGGUGUGUUACGCCACACGUCAGCAGCAGUUUCGCAGACAGACCGAGCUUACUGUGAAUGCCCUGAUCUCAACAGCAACAAACCAGCUGGAUACUAUGAAGGACCUGAAGGAAGGUCAGCGUGAACUACGGGACAUGACGGCCGCAUCACUGGACAAGCUGUUGGAGGGUCACGGUGCACUACAGCUCCAGCAGGGGGCACUAAAGGAGGGCCAGGAGCAGUUGGAUGCUUCAAUCUCUGCCAACUUGCAAAGACUGGCUCAAGAGAAGGCUCUGAUCAGUACUGGGCAGCAGCUGGUGGCACAGCUUAUCCAGGGAAUUACACAGAGAAUAGAGGUCGUCAGUGAGCAGCUGAAAGGACAAGGUACAGAUGUGCAGGAAGGUCAUCAGGCAAUUCUGAAUGACCUGGCUGAAGUCCGAGGGCGCGCACAAGAAAUCUACAGUAAAAUGGAGCUCAAUCUGAAUGGCGUCCUGCAGCAGCAGAACACGACAGUUCAGUUCUAUGCUGAGCUCAUGAGGAAGCUGGAGCGCAUGAACAGCACUCUGGGAUACAUGCUGACGUACCUGGACAACAUGCAGAGCAGGCUGGAGGAUAGACUGCAUAUGAUCCAAGGAUACCUAGGAUGGGCUGGUCUGAGUCUGCGUGCUGUUUGGGUCUGUGUGAUGCAUGCUGGAUAUUUCCUGUUCUCUGCAGUCCUGCUGUCCUUUUUGCAGUGUCCCACAUUCUCCCGUGUCUCUCUGCUCAUCACUGUGCCCAUCAACGCCAUCUCCGAGGUCAAUCAGCAGUCGGCUCUUGACCUGGUCACACUCUCUCUGCUCCUCUUUACACUCUCGCUGGCACGUUGGUUUGUGCUGCAGUUGUUGUGGGCCCUGUCUAACCUGAAGGGCCAAAAGUGCAGUGAUGUUCAUGCUGCUCUUUCAGCUCCUCCACUUGAGAAGACUCCUGAAAAAUCAACAAAGCCUUUCUACAGUCCAGCAACGUCCUCAACACCUCUAGUAGAGCUGGACUGUGAUUUGGAGCCUGAGGUGCCAUUUGUAGGUCAAGACAGCUUUAUGACAGGAGACCCGUGUAUGGUGGCCUUAUCUCCAUCUCACACGUAUGGGCCACCGAGCCAUGGGUGUUUAUCUGUAGGCACCCCCAGUCAUUCUACCCCCAGACUGAAGAAUCGACAUAACCUUGGAGGAGCUGUUUUAGAGAGCAUCACCCAGAGGAACUUAGGAGGGAUCUUGGAUAUAGUCAGUAAGUCCCGGAGCUCCAGCCCCAAUCAGUCCGUAGCCAGCAACAGCUCUUUCUCAGGGCGUCCUCUGUGUGGUGGCAUCACCAGACUGGGACAGCCAUGUAAGAAGAGGGCACUGGCAGGUCAGGACUUCUGUAGGAUCCAUGAAGGGGGACACGACUCCUACAGUCACCUGUAAACGUGUAGCACAGCCAGUGUAUUGUGUGUCUUUUCUCCAGUAUGAACACUUCAUGUGUUUUUAACAUUUUGCAUUACGUCCUGUUUUUAUAAAAUAUUUGUACAGUUGGUAAUUAUAAUAAAUUAUUACAAA